AUGAGUGUUUUACAGUAUAAAGAAGUCAUGAAUUCUGCUGAUCUUCAGAUAUGGAACAAUGUCGGCUUUGAUAAUGGAGAUCUUAAAGAAUUUUCGGGGAAUAAGGCUUCUUGGAGUCCUCUGAAGCCGAUUUUGUUAAAUUCGACAGAGUCGUUGAACUCGAAUUCUUCGAGCAAAGAGAAUGAGGGUCCUCUGUUUGAGAACCCAAUUUCUUCUGUUGCUUCUUCUCUCAGAUCUGUGGUAACUCCUUUCAAGCAGGUUAAUUCGAAUGGGGCUAUGGAGAAUUCAAAAACUAGGGGAAAUACUAAACAAAGUUUUGAAGACAAGGUGAAUUUGAAGAGUUUUGAUGAGGAAAUUGAGGAGAUUGAAAUGGAAAUUAGAAGAUUGACUUCAAGAUUAGAGUCUCUGAAACUGGAAAAGGCUGAGAGAAGUGUGAAAACAGUGGAAAAGAGAGAAAGAGUGAUCUCGGCGAAGUUUAUGGAACAGAAACAGCGUGUUAAAACUGGAGAAGUGAAGAAAGAGAUCGAACAGUUUUCAUCGAUGAGAGCAAGAACUGGGAUUCAGAGGAAGGGGCUUAGUUUGAGGCCAUCAGAUUUGGUUGUUGGGGCGCGAAGGGGAAUGAGUAUGGGGCCUUCUGAGAUUUUGGGGUCCGCAAAAUCCUGGAAAUUGGGCAAGAAAGAAAUGACCAACCCUGUUCCGCCUAUACAGAGUAGAGUGCUUCGUUUGAGACCUGCAGAGAUUGAUGCUGAAGCACGAAGGGGAAUGAGCAUGGGGCCUUCUGAGAUAUUUGGAUCCGCGAAAUCCCAGAAAUUCGGCAAGCAAGAAAUGAUCACCCCUAUUCAGCCUACACAAAGUAGGCGAAAAUCUUGCUUCUGCAAGUUACAAGAUAUUGAUGAAGGGAAAGAGGUGAGUAAAGAAAGGGGGAAGAGUUCAAGUGUUAGCCAUGAAUCAAGAAAAACUAUCACAAAAUCUCGAGUUUUAUCAAGGCAGGCUGUUACUACGGUUGGAUCCAAGAAGGCUGUGACGAAAGAGGGUCGAAUGGUGAACUCAAUUCAGCCCAAGAAACUGUUCAGAGAUGGUGAGAUGUCCAUCCCUGCUAAGCCAUUAAGAGCAGGGAGAUUUGUCGCGAGCCGGUAUAAUCAGAGCACAAAUCCUGCAUCAGAAAUAAGAAAGGGAUCCUUGCCAGAAGAUGGUAAGGCUGAGAAUAGGGGCGAUAAGAAGCGUUCUCUAUCAGCCAGAAACUCACGGGUAACUGUCAUAGACAACAAGGAUUUAGGCACUGAAAGUCGAGUGAAAAAGCGUUGGGAAAUUCCGAAUGAGGUUGUUGUUCAUAGUAGUUUGGUCGAGGGCGAGAAGUCACCAGAGUCUAUUCUUCUUGAUUUGCUUCCAAGGAUUAGGGUUUCUCGAUUCACCAAAGAGAGCCCCCGGGAUUCUGGUCCUGCGAAAAGAGUAGUUGAAUUGGUUGGGAAGAAAUCAUACUUUUGCAACGACGAGGAAGUGGAGCCAUCCGUUUGUCAAGCCUUGAGCUUUGCAGAAGAAGAAACUGAAGAAAAUUAA